AUGUCAGCACCUUCGGGCUUCAGCCCAGGCAGAUUUUGUCCAUGGGCUAGCCCAGGUUGGUGGGACCCAUCGCUUGCCUGGGCUGCUACUCACACGCUGGAGGCCUUCUGGGCUCGCAAAGGGGGCCUUUUGCUCGGUUUCAGUGUUGGGGUGGACUUGCUCUUAGAAAGCGCACCCUAUGAAAGCGUGUUUUGA